CGUUUUUCUUGCUUUCCAUUGUCGACAAAAGCCACCCUCCUCUACCUCUAUUACAUGUUUCAAAAUGAAGUGAAAGCAAUGCGCCGAUCAUAUGAUUUUUGUUUACAGUUGUAAUUCGUCUAAUUCGUGCGCAGUGCUUUAGCAGCAACUUCCUUUCUGUUCUAAUUUCAAUAAGGAAAUUGAGUUGCUCUACUUCUCUUAGUUUCUUGUUGUGAAAUUUUAAACAGAUUCAUGUUCACAUAUAUUUGAGCACUUAACUUUUAGUAACUUAACAUGGAAAAGUGGCAUACAUCACUCCUAUUGUCUGUUGUUACAGUAUCGUUUAUGAUAAGUGUAACAAAAAGCCAAAAUGAUUUGAAUUCUACAGAAUCAACUACAAUUUCUACAAUUUCCAGUAGUACAACUGCAGCACCUAAUGUUUCUUGUUCCAGCUUCAACAAUGAUUGUAAAGGUUGUGUUGCAAAUUCUGGGUGUUACUACUGUGAUUCGGACAAGCGAUGUAAUAACCAUUUGCUAGAUAUAAUUUCUGAUGGAGAAUGCAAUAUAAAUAAUGUGCAUUAUAAGACAUGCAAAUUGAACUUCAAGUAUCUGAUGAUCAUCAUUGGAUCAUUGAUUGGAGUUGCUUUGCUGGCAAUUUUGAUAUUUUGCUGCUAUUGUUGCUGCAAGCGAAGAGGUGUGUCCUUUUCUAAAGAUGAACUGAAAUGGGCUCGCCAGAAAGAAGAAAGAAAAGCCGCAUCUGCCGAAAGGAGGAGAGAAAGGAAUGAAAGAACAGAAGAAAUUCGAAGAAAAUAUGGCCUCGUUAAAGAUUCUAAUCCAUACCAGAAGUUUGACGAUGAGGCUUGAAGAAAAUGCAAGUUCCAUUCCACUGAUUUUUCAGAAAAAAUAAAAUUGAUGUUCCUUGGUAAUAUUUCAUUUGUUAGUGAGUUAGUGAAAUGUCCACUAAUGUGAUUAUUUUUUGCAUCACUUUUACAAAAUCCAUUUUUGCUCAAAGGUUUGUGAACGGAAAUAUCCACUUUCUGGAGUCCAUUGUUAAUUGUAUUAAUUAUACUAAAAAUUAUAGUAAUUAAAUUUUUAGCUUGAAAACUUUUAAUCUAAUGAGAUACAAUGGAGACUAUUUGUUGCUUUCAAAAGUUAGUUAAAACUGAAAAUAUAUAUGAGUAAUGUAAAAAUAUGAUGGAGACUUUGAUUUUGUAAUUAUGUCCUGUGUGUGAGUGUGUAUGUUUUAAAACAACUUGAUCGGCUGUUUGAGACCUUUUGUAUGUGUGUGGUGAGUCAUUCAUAAAUUGUACUAUGGUUGUACUCUUUGAAAUGGUGUUGAAUGAUUCAUCUACUUAAUUUUCUGCAUGAUGUGUGUAGUAUUUUGCAUAUGAAAUAUUUAUUCCAUAUGUUCUGUUUUAUGGCUUGCAAUUUUAAAAUAAUAUAUGUAAUCACAGUGAGCAUAUCAUGUGUCGUGAAAGUAUUCUAUAUUCAUAAUAAAUGUUACUUAAAACUAUUUUUUGAAAUUUUAAAGCUUAAGGUAAUUUUUUUGUAAAAUUAAUAGAAUAUGUUAGCAAUAAGUAUGAAGCAUGAGGAUGUAAGUGUUUUCCCUCCUGAGAUUUUUUGAAAACAUUUGCUGUCUAAUUCUUAAGCUAAGCAAGUUUUUGAACCAAGUUUUAUACACGCAAUAUAUUUAUGUAUAUUGAUGUGAAUAUCUGUGUCCUAUAUUACUUAAACGAUGUAUUUAUACAAUGUGAAAGAACACUUACAAACUUUUUUUUUUUUUAUGUUAUGUUAUCAUAAAAUGCCAAUAACAAAACAAAAAAAACCCCAAAUACUGUAAAAUAAAAUGAAUUCAACAGAAUACAUUUUUAUGCUGAAAUGCAUGUACAAACAGAAUCUCGCCAACUCUUUUUAAAUCUUGCCAUAUUUUUCUUGAAGCAAAAAAGUUAAAGGUUACACAGGGUGUUUGGAAAGAUGGACAAAAUUUCAAAUUGCUGUAUUUCCUGCACCAUAUAUUGUACUUGAAUUAUGUAAAUUCCGGCUGCACAGAUAACAUCUAGACAGUAGCUCUGUUCCUCCCCACACUCGAUGACAUCACUGUGAUACGGUUUCAUAGGUCAUUUUAAUCUGUGGGAGGAGGUGGUAUGAGAAUAGCAUCUUUCACAAACCUCGGCAACAAUAAACCAUUGGGUGGAAGAUCAGGUGAUCUCCAUGGUCAGAACUGAAGUGCAAGCUAUUUUGCUUACAAGUGAUGCAGCUAGUAAUCCAAUAACAACCGACACUAUUGCACAACACAUUCCAGUGGCCAAUAUUAAAAAUUUUAAAGCAUCCUCUUUCAAAUAUGCUUGACAGAUUUCAAUUACAAUAUAUGGUGCAGGGAAUAUAGCUAUUUGAAAUAGUGUCCAUCAUCAUUACUCUGCAUAUAUAUAUAUAUAUAUAUAUAUAUAUGAAGAAAAGCUAACUUUUUGCUGCAUGCGGAUAUGAGAGGAUUAAGAUAAAAUGGUUUCCACUACAUUUGUGGAAGGAUUGUUUAUCCUUCCUAGAAAGUAUCUACUUAUUAUAUUUAUGCAAAUUCAUAUCACAUUUUACAUGCAAGAAGCGCCAUGUAUUCUGUAUCAUCAAUAGAUUUUAAUUAACACAAAAACCACUCGUAGGGUUUCAAAAUUAACUUAAUUAUGUCAAAUUUGGACCGCUACAAUUAUAUUUAUGUGUUUGAUGACAUUUCAUUAAUAAAAACAUUUUAAAUGUAAAUUCUCCUAUAAAGAUUCUGAUUUGCCUUAACUAUUGGAAUAAUUCUGUUGACUAUGAGUGUGAAGAGUUUUGAAGUGCCCCUACCUGUUUUAAAAGUUUGCCAUUAUGAACAAAUUCAGGAGACCUUUGAUUAUGAAGGUUUUUGGUACCUAGCAACUUAUUUACUUCUACCUUGGCAAUACCAAAGAACUAUUAUUUCAUUGGGGCCUCAUGUUUAAGCAAAUCUUCAUAAAUAAAAAUACUAGAGCUGACCAAACAUGACUCAAUAUACUGUUAUUUCCUAACUUCACCUCAGGGUUUCACAUUGUAGUGUUACUGCCAAAAUUGAGUGAUCUUGACAAAAAUCUUCAUAACCAAAAGUUCCCCAUUGAUUCAGAUAAGUCUUCCUGUCCAGUGUUUUUUUUAAGUAUCGAAGUCUGUUAAUUCUUUAUGUUUCAGUUUUGUUUCAAGCCUUUGAACCUCAUUUAAAAUAAACAAGAGAAUUAUUUAAUCUACUUUAUAUUCAUUGUAUUAUAAUUUUGCUAUUAUUUCAUUUUAAUAAGUUAAAAAUAUGUUAUAUGUAUAUACUCUUGUCUAUUUUUUAAAUAAAUUCUUUUAUCCAAA